GUAGAGGUAGGGCCUGGAGGGGUUAAUCCGGACAAGCUGGCGAUGGUGGAUUCCGCGGACGGGGACCCGGUGGCGGAUGAGGAGGUGAUGGUGGUGCAGGGGAGUUUCGCUGCGGCGGAAGAUGUUGAUGCGACGAUGGUGGAGUCUGCUGGAUUGCAGGGCGAGGCCGGCAGUAACAUGGUGCAGGGGAGUCUCGCUGCUGCGGUGGAAGAUUUUGAUGCGACGAUGGUGGAGUCUGCUGGAUUGCAGGACGAGGCCGGCAGUAACAUGGUGCAGGGGAGUUUGGCUGCUGUGGAAGAUGUUGAUGUGACGAUGGUGGAGUCUGGUGGAUUGCAGGGUGAGGCCGGCAGUAACAUGGCGCAGGCGCAGACUAUUGCUGUCGAGACCGUGGAAAAAUCAGAUUCUGCGGCGUCUCCUCAACAUGAUGAAGCAGGUGAGAGCGAAGAUGGACAGCGUGCUAGAUUCCAUCUCCCUCCACGUGAUUCCGAAGAUGGCUUCCGAGUUACUGAUCUUGUCUGGGCUCAGUUAGAAGGCCAUCCUUGGUGGCCUGGUGAAAUUUUUGACCCCUCACAUGCAUCUGAGUUGGCACUGAAGCAUCAGAAGAAGGGCAACCACCUGGUAGCAUUUUUUGGCGACAGUUCUUUCGCGUGGUGUGAUGACUCCCAGUUGAAGCCUUUCAUGCCCAACUUUUCACAGAUGGAGAAGCAGGGCAACUCUGAUGAUGCCUUCACCAUUGCAGUCAACCAUGCUCUUCAAGAGCUCUCAAGGCGGAUAUUGUCAGCGACGAGUUGCUCUUGUCUCCCAGAAGAGUUCUCUGACAAUGGCAUGUCUUAUAUGGUUGAGAACUCUGGGCUCAAGGCUGGAGUUACUUGCUCUAUGGUUAACAAAGCUCAGAUGCUAAAAAGUUUCAGUCCAGAUAGCCUUCUUCAUUAUGUUACGUCGCUGGCUCUGUCCCCUGGCCAAGGAGGUGAUCUGCAGGAUUUAGUCAUAGCUUGCUCUCAGCUUAUGUCAUUCUAUCGGUCUAAAGGGUGCCCUGAAAUUGCAUCAUUUCAAUCUGCCAGUGGAUGGGGAGAGAAUGACAUCGACAGUCUAUCCAUCAAGAACGUCAUGCUGGGGCAAAGUGUCACCACUGAAGUGCAACCUAAUCAUGUUAAGCCCAAAAGAGGUAGGGGAAGACCUCGUAAGCGAAAGCCUGAAGAGUUGAUGGAGAAAGAGCCCAUUGUGAAGCCGCAGAAUUAUCCCAACAGCACUGCUGAAACAGAGUGUGGUGAAUUUGACAUCUCUGGGAAGAAGUCCGCCAAAAAGAGACGCGUGAAGAGGCACAAUGGUGUGAACCCCAACACUUUGCCUUGUCCUAAGUUAGAACCAAAUGACCAUAUGCAGGAUGCCUACUGGUUGGGACUGAGUUUACACGGUAGCCCAACUCCUAGCCUCAAAGGAGCAAGUGGCAAAACAAGGCCGGUACGUAGGCGGAGACCAACAUGGCGGGUAUGUGCGCCUUCGUCAGAUCUUUCUCCCCCUAUACAUAAUACUCAGCCUGAAACGUUGGGUCAUAACAGAAAGAUACAUGUGGUAAAAAGAUCAAUUAUCCAUGUUGAUGAGAAGAUGGUCCACGAGGUAAAACCCACUGCACUUGUUUUGAGCUUUGACGGGUCAACUGAUCUUCCUUCAGAAAUGGAUCUUAUUAGGAUGUUCAGUCAGUGUGGACCAUUAAAAGAAACCGAGACUGAAGUUCAGGGGAACACAAAGACUGUAAAAGUUGUCUUCAAGAAACGUGUUGAUGCUGAAAGGGCUUUUACUGUUGCUGGCAAAUUUGGCUCUUUUGGACCUUCACUCCGCAGUUUUCGGCUUGUGGAAAUGCCAUUUUCCCUAAGCACAGCUGAGCUGAAUUAUCCUAAGUUAUGCCCUGAAGAUAGCGGCCUAAAGAUUCCUGCUCCCAGGUUGUCUGGAGUUUCGCUGGAUUCUGCGCAAGUUGACGUUAUCAACAAAGCCGACAAAGCGUCAGAUGAACACCACGUUGAGGAUGGUCAAACAACAUGAAAGCACUACCCAGUGUUCUUUACAAGCUGAAGUCAGAAGCAAACAGUCAUUUGAUGUUCUCUGGACAUGUAGCAAAUCAGGCUGUGGCUGACGUGAUUCUGAGUGAUGUCACAACUAAAGCAUCUCGUGGACAUGUGGGCUUAAGCUUCUUGAAAUUACAGAGCAUAUGUCGAUAUUCAGCUUGUCUAUUCGAUGGCAAUAGGUUCCCUCAUCCGGCUGAUGCGUUCUGUCCAGGGAAUAGUAGUUGACUUUUAUAGUACAACAUAUAAUGUUAUUUUUCGGUAACUAGGGCAUUUGGCAUCUUUGUCUUAUGUAUAAAUUUUAUCUAGAUCUAAUUGUCUGGCAGAGCUGGUGUUGGUUUUGCCAUGUGCAUGCGUUUGUUGGAAAUCCUAAUUUUAACUGAUGUUUCUCUUGCCAUUUUACUGCCAUGUACUGUAAGCCAUC